UUGGCCAAGCUGGACCACGUGACCUGCCUCAUUACCAUACGACCAGGUAGAGAGGGAGCAAUCAGUUCCGGCUGUGCGUGUGACGGCCGCUUCGUCUCGUCGGAUCAAAUUUGUUGUUUUUUCUUCUUUUUUUCAACUGGGACCUCCUCAAAACGGCUCACCUUUUCCGCACGGGUUGCUGGCCGUUCGACAGGACAGGUGCGGCAGGAAAGACCGCAUUCCUGCCCUCAGACACCAACAUCCUGCUGCGUACAGCGGUCCGUCACCAUAGCGAUGCAGACACCCAUCCCACCCACGGUGUCGGCACUGAUCUCCACCGUGGCGCUCCUUCUCUGCUUGGCUCUGCUGCUGAUGCUGUGUGUGCUGAAGAAGAAAAGAAGGAUGGAGGGAACAUACCGGCCCAGCGCAGAGGAGAGAAAACAGAUCGGCGGGACCAGAUCCGACAAGUCCGGCCUGUCUCUCCCCUUGCCCAAAGAAGAGCGCCUCAUAUGAUUACACCGUGCAAAUGGACUCCAUUAAGAGCUUUUUUUUGUCAACGUUUGGAUUAUUGCUGCCAUGUUUCCAGCUUGACUUUUGCACCACAAAUCUGACACACUCAACUCUUGUUUGUUGGACUGCUUUUUAAUUCCUAACAAUAAUGAUACUGACAGAACAUGGCAUCUGUCACCAGUUUCACUGUAUAAAAAAAAAAAGAAAGAAGCAAAUGUGCCUUUUGACUGUUGGAGUUUGGCUUUCUGGUGAAUUUGCUCAUUUAAAGUCACUCUCCUCAGUGUACCCGAUAACUUGAAGAUGAGGUUUGUUUUUACCGCACUCCAUGUUCUAUUUAUUUAGAAAACAUGUUUCACACUUUAUAUAUAACCAUGAAGGAUACUGAUAGACACUGACAAUCAUAGGAUGCACUUUGUUCACCUUUUGUUAAAAAAAUUUUUUUUUGUACGUAAAUAAAAAAAUGUGUACAUUACUGUGUUCUUUCUUAGGC